CUCCACGCAGGGCGCGCACACACAGAGACGUAUAGGAUAAAAUAGAAAUAAAUUCGCGCAUGGCCUGCUGGAAGAGUAAGGCACUUGUUCCUAUCACAAAUCACUGCGUGUGGCCGAGGGUGAGCGAAGACAGCCCGGCUCGGCCGCGCCCCGCCCCGCGCUGAAUAGGACGCCCCGCAGCAUUCGCAGCAGGGCCCCCGGGUAGUCGCCGCCCUCGCGGGGGAGGAGGGAAGCCGGGGCACGGCUCCCGACUCCCGGUUACCUGCGAGAGCUCCCGUGGUGGCGGAUCGAGACGCGACGCGGGAUGGAGCCGGACGAGCGGGACUCCGUGGCCGCAUGGUGGCACAUGGUCGUGCGGAACCUGCGAUCUUUCCCACACUCCUGUUCCACACUCGGAAGGAAAAUUGCCACUCUAUGUGACAGCUUUACAAGUAAAUCAUUAAAAGAACACAUUUGCCCUCCUCUGAUGCACAUGCUGAUCUUUGUAAACUUUUUCAAAGCACCAUUUCUUGUGGAUUUAAAGAAACCAGAGUUGAAGAUUCCUCACACCGUGAACUUCUACAUCAAAGUUGAGCCUGGGGUAAUUCUGGGAAUCUGGCACACGGUUCCCAGCUGCCGGGGGGAGGAUGCUAAGGGGAAGGGCCGGAGCUGGUAUGAAGCAGCCCUUUGUGAUGGCAACCCAAUUGUUGUUUAUCUUCAUGGCAGUGCACAACACAGGGCAGCUUCUCAUAGGCUGGAGCUAGUAAAGGUGCUGAGUAAUGGUGGCUUUCAUGUCUUGUCUGUUGACUACAGAGGGUUCGGGGACUCGACGGGUACACCCACGGAGGAUGGACUGACUGCUGAUGCAGUUUGUGUCUACGAGUGGACCAAGGCGAGAAGUGGUACCACCCCUGUGUGUCUCUGGGGCCACUCUCUGGGGACAGGAGUUGCAACAAAUGCUGCAAAAGUUCUAGAAGAGAAGGGAUUCCCAGCUGAUGCAAUUAUCCUGGAAGCUCCAUUUACCAACAUAUGGGUUGCAAGUAUCAAUUAUCCCUUGUUAAAGGUGAGUCUCAUACAUACAUCUUUACAAGAUGUCAAAGUGCAGGCUGUUUAUUAACCAUUUUCCCUUUCUUAAUUAGUCUUAUAUAUUUCUAAGUUAUUCUAACUUGUGAUAGGUUAGUAGCCAGUUACUAUUAAA